AUGUUCCCCGUUGAAAUUUUAUCAAAUCCGCUCAUCUACCGAUGCCUUCUUCGAAUGGACCAAAUGCCUGGAAGUAUGUCACGCACUCUACAACGGUAAGGUUAAUUCGCAUUUUAAAACAGCUUCAAAACUCAGUAUAAUUGUGCGUCGAUGCCAUUACCUACUUCUGCAUAAGUAGUGAGAGAUAUCUGACUUCAUCAAUUAUAACACUAAUCGAAAGUAACGUGGAAAGGUUUAUUUGCAAGGAAACGCUAUGUUACCCCAUAGGGCACAUACAUGGCUCCUGUUGUCGUUGCAGAAUUAAUUCAGAUAAUCCUGUGCUGCUCUAUGCCUAUGAUAUUACUGAUUUGUUUAACCUUUCCGUCCUAGACGAUGGGAAAGUAACGGCUUCGGGGGAGAUCUGCAUUCAACCGAAGAAAAAUUGCUUCCGUUUUGCAAACAGUGAAGGGACCGUUGACAAAUUCAUGAAAUGCUAUGUGGACUGCCAAGUAACUAGAAAAGGUGAAGUAUUUGUUUAGCCAUUAGCUGAAUGAAUAUUGUUUCCUCAUGCCUAAUGAAAGCACACUUUGUUUCAAUCAGAAACCCAGACAUACGUGAAGGACAUGUACAUGUGCACUCCCAACCAACAAGAAUGCGUUAAUUCCAUAUUCUUUACCUUACCGGGAGAAAAGGAACCGAAACAGGUACUAACGAAGUGCUACCAGAACUGUGGAAUUGGUGAAGGUACGGUUGAAACAAAUUUUAUCUAUGUUUAUACUGAUUUUUACUUUCGCAAACUUGCUUUAUUGUACAUCCCAUAAUUAAAUAUUGUUCGAGCAGCUUUUGAAUAUUCACAAGACCUGAAGCGCGUUUGGACAAAACUGUGCGCGAAUAGUAUCCUUGAAACAUGACAAAAAUUAGAAAUUCCUUGCAUAAUAUGAUCUAGAGAUGACAGGGUUUAAUCAUCGAAUACUGCACACAACACGGAAAAGGAGCUAAAAUCCUAAACUGUCACAGACGUUACAAUUUAAUGGAUAUACCAUCAAAGAAACUGGACUAACUGUAGCCCAAAACAAGUAUAGCGCCUGUAUGAAGUGAUAAACUGAAGAGAGUCAACCCGAAAAAACGUCGGACAAAUGGCUAUUAAGAUUAUAUUUUUUAUUUUGUCUACAGGUAAGAAAGAAUGAAUCGCGAGGAAAAAAGGGAAAAACGUCAAAACCCAGGGGGUAUAUGAAAGACUUUCACAGAAAAUCACUGAUAUAUAACAAUAAAAAGAAGAACAACUGCACAAAAAGGACGUAAAUGCAUAAAUGAGAGGAAAUGCGAAAUGCGCCCUAGUAUAUAUUGCAUAACUUAUCGAUUACGACCGAAUAUAGCGAUCAAACUAAAAUGAAUCAUGAUGCAGAGCAAAAUAAAUGCGUAGUAGGUAAAUUGUCGAAAUAAGUGCUUUUAGGAAUAGAAGCCCGAAGGCUUCACUUCCUUUGCCAUCGAAAAGGCUGAUGACUGCAGUCUGCAUGAGGAUGUCUGUGUCAAGCCAAUGCAAACUUACCUCGCAGCAGGCCCUCUGAUGCCGCGGCGUCUGAUGGGGCGGUGGCGGCGUCCACAGCGGCCGAUAGACUUGAUUUUGCGUAACAUACUUCAUUCACGAAUUCUUUGCCUUUAUCCACUCAAACCACAUCAUCUCCUCCAUUUGCAACCACUCCUACAGCACCAGCUCCCGAACCAGAAACAGGCGGCUUCAAAUGUGGCGAAGAUUCCCAGACCUGUGUAUCCUGCACUGACGAUGAUGACGAAUGUUCGGACUUAUCCACUUGCCAGGAGUCCUGCGGCAAAGAAGGUAACUUCUCCUCUUCCGCCGCCCCCUCCUCCCGACUUACUGCUAACUAUGACCACAUGCACCGGCAGAAUCAAUAGGCUACAAUUGCUCCCUGGAGUUAGCCGUAGAUCAAGGCUGAAAUAUGAUUGUGGCUGCAGGCAUGAUUUUUUGAAUGCCUGUACAUUGUGUGACAUGUAUUGAUUUUAGUUUCGUCAAGCAUGGGUCACCAUCUACACAUAUCAUCCCGCCAUGAAUAUUUGGCAUAAUGAACUAAAAGGGUCAUUUCCACAAAUGCUGCAUGCAUUACCUCGCCUCGCAUGCGUGCGCGAUCCUGUCAAAGCGAAGCCUCAUUCAUAAGCAGGAAUAGGUGGUGAAUGCAAUUCAUGCAAUAGCAGGAAUAAUAGUAGGCUAGCGCAUCAUGGAGGAAAGGUGGCCUUUGUGCAAUAGGAUGGGCAAAGCUGCAGUGCAGCGGCGUAACAUGAAAUAACCCCGGUGACAUACUACCUCAAGGUGGUUUCUCCUGCGAUCUACAUAGCAGCCUAUCGCAUCCUGCGAGCGAAGUUAGGACAUCGGCUGGUUGAAUCAUCCUUAGGUGCCAUAGAACUGAAGUAUUCUUUGCAGCUAUGGUGCCUUAGCACGGCUGACAUGCGUACCACGAUUGUGUUUGUACAUGGCAAGACAAAUCCCCUCGGGGCACAAAAUGAACCAGCAGACAAUUGGUUGAUUGCUUAUGGAAAAUGCGGAUGAUGCGUCAGGAGAGGACCGCAGAUUUCCUCCCAUGCAUACUCUAAUGCAGGCAUGAAGGCCGCAAAUGUCCUUCGGUAUUUGCACAACACUGCAUAUAAUCGGCAUGACCUGCUUGCAGAGCUUGGAGCAUCUUCUCGUACCGAGACGUGCGCUGUAUCUGUGCAUGCCUUUGUGCCUCCAUCAAGCAAGAGGGAAUUACUGCUUGUGCACAGAUACACAUAGGUAGGUAGACUUCAGCAGAGGGCAUGCAAACAACCUGAUGUCCUUCUUUCUUUUACUCAUCAUCAUCAUCAUCAUCAUCAUCAUCAUCAUCCUCAUCAUUAGGAACGCAGUGCGGUUAGAAGACGGAGGGGAGUUUACGUGCAGGAAUAUGCUGCGAAUAGGAGGACAGAGGAGAAGAUGUGUCUUACUCGAAUCUCACCCUCAGCGAGACUGAGGUGCACGUGGUGCUGAUGAGAAUGCAGUCCGUGUUGUGGCAGCGCACAAUGAAUGCACCACAUCUUUGCCUUUCUAGCCGAUGCUGCGCCUGCAGAGGCUGAAGGAGGCAAGUGCGGAGGCUGCCGAUAGACUUGAUUUCACUUGACGUGCUUCAGUCAGGAAUUCUUUGCCUUUGUCCACUCAAACCUCAUCAUGUCUUCCAUUUGCAACCACACCUACAUCACCAGCUCCCGAACCAGGAACAGGCGGCUUCAAAUGCGACGAAGCGUACAAUAUGUGCGUACCCUGCACCGACGAGGAAGACGAAUGUUCGGACUUGUCCACUUGCGAAGAGACCUGCGGCAACGAAGGUAAGUUCUCCCCCUCAUCCUCUUCCUCCUCAUCAUCCUCCCUACUCCCUGCUUACUAACACUACCUGCGGAGUGGGUCACAACUGCUCCCUGCAUUUAGUCUAUGACCAAGUUUUAAUUGUUAUUUUUUCUUCUUUUUCCCUUUAUAUUUAUUGUCGUUUUCCUCAUUCGUCAUUCGUCUUUCAGCUUCUUUGCCCGUCAUUGCAUCUUUGUUUUGCAUCUUCUUACUUCUCAUCUUCUUAAUCGCCCUACCGCUCUCUUUUAUUUUAUGUUCUUGUCCUCUUCUUUUUUUUCAUUUUUCUUCACUAUUAUGCUCUCUUUUCACUCUUUGGUCUACUCGUAUUAUUCUUCGUUGAUCCCGAUCCUCAAGUCGGACUCUCGGUGCUUUGUUUUAUAUUGUCGCAGCCUGUUGUCACUAUACAGCUUGUUGUGUAGCUGUGAAAUACUCGACGUCACGUAUUACAGUUUGAGUGGUCUAAUUGAAUGUGCAUGUCUACAGUGUCAUUUAAAAUGCCCAGGCGGCGCAUUUCGCUAAACGGUUUCGUCUAACAUUUACAUGCAUACUUAAUUCUCCAUCCAAUCCAAUUCAUGACAUGGGCCGUUUGAAUGCGCUUUGGCCACCAUAAAGGCGAAACAAUAUUUUAACCAAAAAGCGUUGAUCUAGCGACAGCUUUUAGGCAAUCCUUUCUUCGCAUAGCAGUGGAAAGCUUCAUUUAUCGUUCGAUUUUUUUAGGCUAGUGCCUCUUCUCCUUUACCUUUAUUAUUUUCUUCCUCUUCUGAUUAUGUCUUCUAUUUAUUUGUAUUUAACUGAUUCCUCGAUUUUUUCUCCUUCUCUUCCUUUGCGAUUUCAAUUAUGCCACAUUUGUUCUUCCUUUCAUGCCAGCCCUAUGUUUGAUCCUACUAUAACGUCAGUAUCAUGCUUUAAUGAUGAAUAAUUGCUUAUUCUGUUUCUUGUAGCUUAAUCCGUACACAACGACGAACAAUGAUGUCAGCGGUUUGUGGGUGCUUUUAGUCAUGGUUUUGGGUGUUAUGUGUCGAAAAUUGUAUGUUUCCACGGGACUUCACUGGUGACUGCCUAAAUAAAACAACAAGUCAAAAGAGGAGUGUUCGCACUAUUCAUAAGAUCGGACGGGUGAAUUGCAAAUAGAGACGAAGAAAGUAUUCGCUUUAAUUAAAAUGACUACUGAUGUUUCUGAAUUACAGGCUAGGGCUAUGAUUCAAUUGAAGGGUUCAUCCGAGAUGCCCCCGUAUUCGCAGGGGCUUUUAUGCAUACCUCUCAAGCGAGUAGCCACCGAAUACAAAAAUAACUUAUGUAACUUAACCCGUGAAAAUACUACAAAAUGACUGAUUGCGAGUCGGGAUGUUACGUUUAACAUUAGAAUAAUGAGAGAGGAAAGGAAGUCUAAGAUGACAAGGAUGAAAUCAUGUGCAGACCCACGGAAAGUAGGUUCGUCACCCGUAUAAAUUCGUUGCUAAAACCCUAGAGUCCACAUAUUAAUUUAAGGAUGUCCCGUGUUAGUUACAUUGACAAACCCAAUCCUGUAAGAUCUUGAGGCACAUCAAAAAUAGUUCCUGUGCAUCAAAGUAAUAAGUAAGUCAUCAAAACAAGUGAUAACAGGAUCAGAACAGAUGUCGGUGUACGAUGUCUGUUUUGUGAAAGUGUUUAACAGAUUCUAUUUUCUCUUGCUAACCACGGCGCCAAAGAAUAGAUAGAAGAGAAUAAAAUUCCGGGACAGGUCAGCCGACCAAAGAUGGGUUUCAUUAUCGAUAAUUUGAAGAGUAUUGAUGAUAUAUACGAUGGAUCACAUCGUUUUAUGGAUAAUCAGAGUGCAUUUCUCUGAAUUAUUAUGAUAUACUGGGGCCCAUAAUGACACCUAACACUUUCAUCUUGUGACCGUCAAAGGUCUAGCAUUUUUGAUUCAUAUUAGCUGAAAGUCGUCCAAAUGAUUUAGAAAGACCGGGCUCAAUGAGAGACAAAAUCUGAGACUAUUUCUAUGAACUGGAAACGAGUACGCUUUGGAUGGUGAUAUAAAUCUUCUAUACAAGACUUGGAGAAAUGUUUCAGUUGUGCCAACAUCCAAAUCGCUAUCCGCAACAUCUGCUGUUACUGGCUUUUAACCAUGAUAGACAUAUAUUCUAUGCCUGAUUAUUCUUAAAUUCCAGAAUGAUAGGAAUGCUUCAUAUCAGGUAUGGCUUUCGUCAAGCUGGCUAUAGUAUCCCCAGAUGACAUGAAAAUAUUCAGUGAACUGAAUAGGUCAAGUCAGGAAGUUUUUGUCGCACAUUGACAAACUGAAUGUUUGCUUCAGCAGACGAUUUUAACAAUCCUUUAUGUCCACACCUAGAAUCUACCCAAAAAUAUCUUAAAAACACCAGCACUAUAUUAAUGGGGCUACAGCAGAAGCAAAGGAAAGCACAAAUAUAUUACUAUAUGGACGACCAAAAAUUUAAUGCCACCAAGUCAUCGUAAGAAGAUGGUUCAGAUGGCGAUUAGUAUGCUCCAUAGGAUUAGACAAGAAUUAAGAAUAUUUUCUUUCGAACUCUUCAGAAAAAUUUCUGCGUUUUCAAGAAACCUCAUCUGGAACAUUGGAUGCCAGCAGCUAUAGCAUGGAUGAGGAACUAUAUUGAUCUCCUCUGACGGGUGGAACUUAGGUGCAACUAAGACGGUAGACGGUCUUAAGUAUCUGUUUUAUCAGAAUAGGUUGAAUGUGCUUAUUUUAUUCCCACCAUCCCACACGCAAUUAAGCUUUAGCCUGGUCCGGACAUUGCGGAUUAUACGUGGUCACAGUUUCUCGCAGAGGCUGGAGAACGCCUUUGAGUUUGCUUGCUAAAAUCACCCACACGGCCAUCCAUAAAAAGUUUUAAGCGAACGAACGUGACUAGAUACCGAAAAGUCUUUCUUCAACUGAUGGCUUGUCCGACCGCGUAGCAGGAUACGAUGCUUAGUGAUGACGGCGGAAACCAAGUUUGUUUAAAAGAAAAUCAGACCAGCCAACUGUCUACAGAGAUCGUCUUUCACAACACGACUAGCCACAAUCAGCUGUGUAAAUCACCUUGUGCUCUACAAUCGUUCCAUACUGAGACAUUUAUUAUUUUUAAUCGUUUUGUAUUGUGAAGCGACCAAAUUCUGCAUGUUUCCAGUUUGAAUCCAAGGGUUCUGUCUGCAACUCUCCAAAUUGCAUUCACACACAAUACAUACCUGCUGUUGAGGCACGACCAAAUAAAAACGAAAUUAACGGUCCCUAUUGUGCACACAGAAAUGCACCAUAAACCUAAAAACGGAGCUGAAAUUUAGACAACUGCCAUUUCAUUCAAUGGUUAAGUGAGAGUUUCGCGACGCAUAACUCGUCUGCGACUUUAACAUUUUCAUCAGAUUCGUUCAAGUGUGCUUCCUAACAAGCCCUUUCAAAAUGUCUCAAUAGUGAAAGCUCUACUUCUAAAUAUUGCUUGCCCUUAUUUCUAAUCAUUUUCGAUUAUGUGCGUGGAAACGUACUCUAUGCAUACGCUAUCUGUGAGAAAGAAAGCAUAUGUUCCAGUGCAAUGUCUCAUAAGUGCAAUAGUAUACGCCAAGUUUAACAAUGAUCAGAGUCAGGUAAACUUUUUAAUAAUAAUAUUAGAUUUUAGUGUCAGUUCAAAGGUAUUUUCAUAGAAGCGUUUAAUCCGGUCGGUAGUGAAAAAUCGCCUGUCAAAAAGGAUUAAAAAUAAAAUUGAUGGUGAUUUUUGAUAGUUUGGUGGGUGCAGGCGCAAAAAAAUCUGAGCACUACAAAACGCCGGCAUCAACGAAGGGGUGGGGGUGGUUGGCGUGUAUCGGAUAUCAUCUGUGGAGGAGAAUAUGCGGCUAUUCAAACAGAUUCAUCACUCACUGCAUACGCAUGCACCCACGACGGAUAAACGGAAGAGAGACCUUAACAAUUUGGUCCGCUCUACCGUGCAUAAAGAAUAUGUCCGAGGCUACAGAAUGCACGAUGUCACGAUUCGCCGGUUUAUACCUGUAUAGAACUUUUAGAUCAUCAGCAUACAUGAAGGGCUUACCAUUCUGAAAUAAGUUUGGUACAUUGUUAACAAGUUCAGGCCAAAUAAACCAAGUAACAUAUGUUUGUGUUAAGCAGUUGGCCGAUCUCUUCAUUCGCACCAAUCUCAAGUUAUACGUUAGAAUUUAGAAAUUAUGGUUUAUUUAUUAUCGACACCAGCCCUACUCUCCAAGCCCAUUUAUAAUGAAGUAAACGUGGUAAGAGUGGUUGUGCCGUUGCGGCCUGUACUAGGCAACUAAGAUGUGCUGUAAAUCAUAAAGUAAAUUAAAAGAUUAUAUAUGCAUCGGAUGUUUCUUUUAAUUUAUUGAGUAGGUGUACAAUUGAUCACGCGCAGUGUAAAAGGUAAUCAGUGGGAAAGUGGGUAAUAUCCUAAAAUUUGCUGAAUGUCCAUAUGAUGUGAAAUGAGCACGUAACCAAUCCGGUAAAGCAACGGUCAAUACAUCUUCAUGAAAGCAGUCCAGGAACUUUAAUAGUGGAGAACUGCAACCACUACCUGAAGGAAAUAUCACAUAAUUUAUGUAUAGUGUUUCAGCAGCCAACCCAAAAGACCUGCUGAGUAAAUAUCUAUGUAGGUAUUCGUGGCACGCAUUGGCCUUCGUCGAUUUAUGAACAUAUUUCCUCAGGCAGACGACAGUCAUUACGAGUCAUCCUGUGUCCAGGGGAGGGUUAACGUCAUAGUUGUAGUAGAUCGCUCAUUUGCUUGCAGGUACAGACUACGCCUAGUGUCUCUUUGCUGUUACCCAACACUCACAUGUGCCUCCCCGAAGUCAAGCUCUGUCUAGCUGCCACACCCCCGGUAACCGCCUCGACCGGCGGGCUGAACCAGGUGUGGGCAUGCGCGUGUGCAUCUGCGCACACGGUAUUGGGGACUUCGCUGGACGGCUGGCCGGGUGAAACUUCGCAUCGGCCUCGUAAAGUCAAGGCUCCGUCUGGUGCACCGCUGCAGGCCACAAGCCUACGGAGAUGUCGUAAGCUCUUCAGGCUAACUCAGGUCAUUCUUCCACUUCACCAAAGCCGUGGCCCAUAGUGGAGUUCUGCGCAGCCUCACACUACUGAACAACGGAACAACAGCGACACCCUCUCUCUAUCUUUCUGCUUCUUCUUCUUCUUCCUCCUCUCCUAAACGUCGCCGCCCCAUUCAGUAUGCUGGUAAGACGAUUUCACCCUCUUUGGCGGCCUGGAAUGUUCGUCCCCUUUUAGAUAAUUCGAAGCGCAACCGAUCGGAACGGAGAACGGAGCUAAUGGCUGGGGGACUGGCGCGCUACUAGGUAGAUAUCACAGCACUCAGUGAGGCCUGGUUCUCCGAAAAUGGCCAGGAUAAAUAUUGCCUUGUUGUCUUAACCUGCUCAUUAUGUACAUUUCAGCAACGAGCUCGCUCAACGGCUAGACAAACUUCCAAUCGCUGACGCCGCUACCGCGCCGCUGACGAGAAGUAAGCCGCCAGGCCUGCGACAACUACCGACAUCUCUCCUUGCUGAACAUUGUCGGAGAAAUCUUCGCUCGCAUCCUCCUCAACCGCCUGAACAAGCACCUUCAACAAAGUCUUCUGCAUGAAAGACAGUGCGGCUUCCGCUGUCAUCGUGGGACCACGAAUAUGAUUUUUACCCCUCGCCAACUUCAGGAGAAGUGCCAGGAAAUGUGGACCAACUUUUACGCCACCUUCGAGUGAGGUCCGUGAGCGCGAUCGGUGAGCGUCCACUAUCAUUGUAUAUUCCCAAUCAAAAACGGACACGGUGACGGGCUCGUGGCUCAGUGGUUAGAUGCGUGUACUUCUAACAAACAGGCCGCGAGUUCGAGCCUCGAGUGUGCCACACUUCGGUGUUGGGUAUGACUGGCUGACAACGGCGAAUAAGCCAGAAAAGGCCAUUCCAGUCUACCUUGUUUUCUGUCGGUAAUAUCAGUCUGCCUACAGUUCGGAAUAGUCUCGGCUUUACGCUCAACCCCGAAAUGAAGACGUAUAAGUCCGGCAUCUUCCCAAACAUCUCAAACCAUUCUUCAAUGGAAAAGUCCCCAUGGGUUCCUGCCGCCGACGAGGCCAAAUCUGUCGAUACCAGGACACUAUAAAGACCGCUCUGAAGCGUCUGCAUAUCAACCCGGCCAACUAGGAAGACCUCGAUUUUGGCCGACCGACCUCGAGGAGUACAGUGAAGACAGGCACUGCUAUUUACAAAGCCAACUGCAUUGCCAUCGCAAAAGCCAAACGCGAAGCACUCAUAUCCGCGCAUUUCGAAUUUGGUUUGAAAUUUUCGAUCUCUUGCGGCUUUGCUUAUUCCGAGAUUCCUGCUUACUGGGCCCUCUGAGGGUCCGUUUGUAUUAAUAAAUUGGAUCGUAACCAACACGGUCCACGCGGAACUUCGAUAGGACUUCCUCUAGGACUACCAUUCUCUUUCGGACCACUUCUCCGUCAACAGCACCCGGGAACCCUCCAUUACAAGAACGGUGUAUUACUUGCUCCAUAUCGUUCGCUACUUGAUUCAUAUCGUCGGUCUGGUUAAAUAGCACCUCCUACACCCUUAAAGACAUCUCCAUUUUACAUUCUUGAAUAUGAUAGUCGAACAAGUGCCUUCGGGAUGUUGCGCGAUAAGUGCGUCCCAUGCGGGAUUCGAACCCAGUCAAGGGGGUGACGAGGACGCCGUCGUUACUAAUGGACCAGAGACGCGCAGCAGGCGAAUCGAAAAUAAUAAUGUAAUAACAAUGCACAUUGUAUAAAUGAAUGUAUUGUCGGCUUCCCCACUAUCAAAUUUCCUGACAAACGGGUCAGCAGUUUAGUAACUACAACUACAACAACGAACAUAAAACACAUGCGGCAUGUUUUUAAACUCUACAGAAAGAAUUAGAGAUGGAGAAUGAGAUAAAAGACCUAACAAUAGAGAUAGAGAAGUUGACGAAACUUCUCGCCAUUCACCCAGAAAAGAGCAAGUCGACGACGUCAGACCCUCAAAAAACAAAGAGAACAUAUUCAAACCCAGUUUCAUUAACUAGAUCAGCCGCCAAGGAAGAAACUAGCCCGUCGAAAAAGGAAAUAACAACUGAUAACCGACCUCUUCUGCAAGAAACGAACAACCGAGAGGGAUCUCAGGAAACGCAGAAGCGCCCCAGGACAUCCCGAAAAGAAAAAGCAGGUCAGAUUGACCGUAUGAGAGAACAGAUUCUACGGAAAAUGCCAGCAAAUACCACACUGCCGAAGGAUGUAUCGCACGACCAAAAAGACUCUGUGGGUAAGGAACCCUGUGACAGCUAUGUCAUGGCAGCUGCCUCUGUAUCAAACGGUAAUGACAACGGGAAUCGGCGAAAUUCUGACCGUGCGUGUAAAAACAAAUGCAGGGUCUCUCUACAAAACAAGCAUCACCACCGCAAACGAGACAUCCUCAUAAAGGGAGCACCUAAGUCCAAUUCUUCGAUUGCAAAAGGUAGAAUCGAAAACAAUCUCAACCUCUUUCAAACAUAUUCAAAUGCCGUCCUUCAGGACGAAGAAUGUGCCACCGUGCACAAAGCUUUCCGUCUAGGAAACGCAGGAGCGUCGCGUGGAUUACCAAGGCCUCUUAAAAGCAUUCUUGCAAAUGAAGCCCCCGUUUCUCAUCUCCUAGAAUGGAGAGGGGCUCUUCGUCAUUCGCAUAAGCAGGUAUUUUUUCAGCCGGAUGAGGGAGAGCCGGAGAGAACUGAAAAGUAGGACAAAAUAUGGGGAGAAUGGGUUGAAAAUAAAGGUAGGCAAUAUAAUACAGAUCAAGCGAUUGCUCCUGUGGCUAACCCCCUUUGUAUUCAGGGCCGAUGUCCUCCGAGCAAACGGAAACUAAAUGUGUUGAAUUCGAAUUUGCUGAGCCUGUUUAUAGAGGGGGUUGCACUCAGGACUCUGAUCGACGAGCACAAGCCAGAUAGAAACAUGGCUUUCUGUAGCUAUUAGAGAACAUGAGGUAUCCCUCAGUGGCUACAAACUGUUAAGAAGAGACAUGAAAUGUCGAGGACGAGGGGUUGCUAUCUAUGUUAGCUAGAACCUGACCGUUGUCCCUGAGCAAAAUCGAACAACAACAGCGGAACAGGAAUUCAUAUCUUUUACUAUCUCCACUAAAUGCUCCAGGCUACUGGCGUUUGUAGUUGUAUAUCUCCCCCAAACCAGAUUUCCGAACACGAUAGCCUUCUCCUUAGUAACUGAACAAAACUUGCUCGAACAGAGACGUCCUUAUUGUCGGAGACUUUAAUGCCCCUAAUAUCGACUGGCAAGCUUGGACGGUUUCGGGUUCAUCGAACACAUCCCGACAACAUUUGCUUGAAUCGUCAGCAUAAAGACUAAUUUUCCAGCAUACAGCUUUCGGAAGUCGUGUUAGGGAAGGGUAACGUUCAAAUCGCCUGGACCUGGUGCUCAUUUAAGAUGAUAAGACUGUGCUGGAUAUGCAAGAUCUCCCGCCAAUUUGUGCUAGUGAUCAUAUUGUGAUGCUCUUCGAGUAUUCCAUGUUCUCUUAACCUAAUUCACCGGAUCAAUUAAAAACAAAUAUCUGGAAGGGGGAUUUUUCCAGAAUGCGAACAUAUGUCUCAGCAAUAACGUGGACAGCCACAUUGCAGGGAACUGUUAACGACUACUUGAGCACGUUCAGCUCACUGGUCAAAAUAAUCGUUAAUCAAAAACUGUCCACUCUGACGAUCGAAAACAAUCAACCGUCCGCCGUGGAUAAGCCGGGAACUGCAAACCGCGUUUAAGAGGAGAAAUACAGUAUGGUGACGCUAUCGACAAACUGAGAGUCCUGAACACCUGAAGGAAUCUAAGCGACAGCGGAAUGUGUGUAAUCGCGAGGCUAAGAUGCUUCGAGUCAACUAUGAGCUGCGCAUAUUACAAAAUUCCUUGGAGCAUCCUAAAAUCUUCUUUGGUUUCUUACGUAAUGACCAGAGCAAUCGCGACCCGAUUCCAACGCUAAGAUCCCAAAACGGAGUAAUUGAGACAGAUGACCACCUGAAAGCAUCCGCCUUCCCCAAUUUCUUCCAGUUGGUAUUCACUAAUGACACAAAUCCUCCGCCUAUGCUUUAUGUUGACCAACGACAAAGUCCUUCCUGUCCUGAUUUGGAAGACAAUCUUUUCUUCUCACCCAUGUUGAUAAGGACCGAACUACGCCGACUGAAGCCUGCCAAAUCACCUGGUCCAGAUAGAAUUCAUGCACUUGUCCUCAGAUAAUUAGCUUAAGUACUGUGUGAGCCGGUUUCCAUGAAAUUCCAGAAGUCCGUGUAAGAAUGCGAACUGCCGCAGGAAUCCAAAACUGGCCAUAUUUCUCCAGUCUAUAAAGGAGGAUCCAGGCUGGAGCCCGAAAAUUACUCUCCUAUUAGUUUAACCUGCAUUCUGGAGCAGAGGGACCUGUUUAGUUCUGCUCAGCACGGAUUUCGUCGUGGUCACUCCUGUCUUACAAGAAGUCUUAACUUGCAGAAAAAAUGGUCAAGAGCCAUUGACCAGGGUAUUCUAGUGGACGUCAUCUUCUUUGACUUUAAGAAGGGUUUUAAUAGCGUUCCUCAAGGGCGACUCCUACAGAAGAUUUGGGAGUGUGGAAUACAGGGCCACAUUUUUAAGUGGAUUGAAAGUUUCCUGUCAUGUAGGUUCCAAAAAAUGACCGUUGGUACCACUUCAUCCAAUUGGGUGCCAGUAAAAAGCGGUGUUCCACAGUGCUCAGUCCUCUUCUUUAUCUAUAUAAAUUACUGUCCUGCAGACCUCGAAUGCGAUGAGAUCAUAGUUGCAGAUGAUAUAAUGAUCUGAAAAACCAUCAGCUGCGUUUACGACGCGCAAAAUCAACAGGAAGAUGUUUAUAAACGAUCUGCAUGGUCCAGCAAGUGGCUCCUGGCGUCUAACGUAUUCAAAUGUGUAGUCUUGCAAGUAGAAUCUGAUCGGAGGCGAUUCCAAAGCACCAGUACACUAUAAAUGGGGUUUGACUAAUUAAAUCGGACACGCACAAAGACCUUGGUGUCUGGACAUGCUCAAACUUGCUGCCCUCUCAGCAUUGCAAAAGAGUCGUCCAAGUGGCAACCAGCAUCAUGCACUGGAUUAGGCGUGCCUUCAAAAUCUUUCCUCCAGAUAUUCGGCACGUUCGUCAGACCGCAUUUGGAAUACGGAAUGCCGUCAUGAACGCCCUGGAUGAAGAAAGACAGUGGAGACACAUAACAUGUGCAACGACGGGCCACAAAACUGGUAGACGGUCUCAGAACUCUGUCAUACCCAGAAAGACUGAUCCAGUUUCAUUUGUUUCCCCUAUCCUAUAGACGAAUGAAGUCUGACCUGUUAUAGGCAUUCCGCAUUAUCCGCGGGCAUAAAUGUUCGUUCAAAACUAAGGACUUCUUUGAAUUCACUACCAUGAGUCACAUGUGCGCUCAUCAAUACAAAGUCAAGCGGGAGCGCACACGCCUAGACCAUCGGAAGUUUUCCUUCAACCAGCAUGUUGUUCAACCGUGGAACUGAAUCUCAAGUAAAUUAUUGACAACUGUUACAAUGGUUGUAUUCAAAAGGCAACUGGAUCGUUUGAUCUUUGACAGACGACGACUCUCACUAGAGGACUAACUUCGGACAACCACAAAUUUAUUUUUUGAUCUCAUACCUAUGUAACACAUUCCUGACUUUUAAUGAAAUGUUUUCUCACAAAAUAUACAAAUGACUGCACUUUAUGCUGAUUGUAUAUAACUGCACUUAAAAUUUCAUAUGUACAUUGAAGAGACCUCCUGCCGAACUCUUCGCUCUUCCGCACUACAAAAAUGUUUUCAGUAAACAAAUAUGUUACUAACAACUAUUAAGUAAGGUGUACAUUUAAUAUUUAUAUUGUGUGUACCGUUAUCGAUAUGGUCAUCAUGGGCAUUAUCUAUUACCCUAAAAUACACUAUUAUAAAAAGUCUUAGCUGCACCCACUUCUCAAAGCCAACACCGGACCGUCCCCAACGUGUCCACGGUGUCAGCUGACAUUCCGGACGCAAACUGGAGUUGUUGGACAUUUUCGAACCAAACGCAGCACCGUCAUCUCUUCGUCUCGCCUUGUCCUCGCCUUCCACGCAGACGACUAACUCUGACCGUCCUCCUGAACCAUCACUGCCAUCCUCAUCCUCCUUCUCAAAUGCCUCAACGCCCGCCGUUAUGGCGUCUGCCUCCCACCUCAACAUGACACACAGUCCUGACACAACAAAAAACACCAACAUCCCCACCGACGACACCAAUGGUGGGGACCAAGUCUAUGCCUGUCCUUAA